AUGGUUACGAGAAGUCCUCUGGACAGCGCGUCACUUGAGCCCAUAGCGGUUCUUUCGCAUUCGAGAUUGGCAAAGCUUGACUGUGCAAAUAAGCUAGAUGGACUCCGGCGAUUCUUUGGGGGCGAUAACGCCCGCAGCUCGUGUCAUCACAAGAGCGGGCGCAGCAGCCGCAUCAGAACAAGUAGUGGGACGCUCGUCAAGCCAUCAACCUUCACUGCUGCACCUUUCCACGGCUAG